UGAGUGUUUCGUUUGAGACUAGCCACAAGCUACACUACAUCAACAGCAGGGGACUAGCAUAUCUGGCAGUCUUGAAAAAAACAUACCUGGAGCCAUAGAUACUGUAAAUUGUUAAUGGUCAGGAUGACCCAGAAGCUUUGCCUGGAGGGCCAAGUGUAUUCGGUGCCUCUCAUUCAGCCGGACUUGAGGAGAGAAGAGGCAGUCCACCAGAUUGCCGAUGCCCUUUUCUACUUAGAGACCAUAUCUACAGACAUAUUUAACAGGGUGUCUGAGAGUGUGGAGAAAAACCGGCGGCAGCUACGGACUGUUACAGACCGGAUCAGACUGGCUCAGGCUCGAGUUGAUAAAAUCAAAGGCAGCAAAAAGGCUACUAAGGUGUUCUCCAGUGCUAAGUACCCCGCUCCAGAGCGUCUCCAUGACUACACCUCGAUCUUCAGUGGAGCCACAGACCCCUCCUCGCAAACGCGCCCUCGCUACAAAAUACAGAACAAACUACGAGCCCUUGAUGACAAGGCCUUGCAGGAUAAGCUGUUGUAUUUCCCAGUGUGCGUGAGCAGCAAGAAGCGGUCAGAGGACGAGACUGAGGAGGGCCUGGGCGGUCUGCCCAGAAACAUCUCCUCCGUCAGCUCACUGCUGCUGUUCAACACCACAGAGAACCUCUACAAGAAGUAUGUGUUCCUGGACCCCCUGGCGGGGGCGGUGACUAAGACUCACAACGCUCUGGAGACGGAGAAAGAGGAGAAGCCGUUUGACGCGCCGUUGUCCAUCACUAAGAGAGAACAGCUAGAGAGACAGACAGCCGAGAGUUACUUCUAUGUGCCCGACCUGGGCCAGGUACCAGAGCUAGACGUGCCAUCCUACCUGCCCGACCUGCCUGGCAUCGCUGACGACCUGUCCUACAGUGCCGACCUGGGGCCAGGGUUUGCACCCUCGGGAUCCACACACAACAUCCCUGAGUUGCCCUCCUUCACCGUUGACGUAGAGAGCAAUGGGCCGGUUUCACAGUUCCCGGCCGCGGUUCUACCCCCGCCGCCCCCUCCACCUCCCCCUCCUCCCCCACCCGAGCCCGUCCUCCCGCCGGCCGCCCCCACCGGGGCCCCUCCGCCCCCUCCUCCCCCACCGCCCCCGCCCGCGGACAGCCCUGCAGGCACCAGGCAGAAUCACAGCACAGGCCCUGCGUCAGGAGCGCCCGGCGAGGUGGCCAAGCCGUCGGACGGACGAGCCAGUCUGCUGGAGUCCAUACGCAACGCCGGCGGCAUCGGCAACGCCAAGCUGAGGGACGUCAAGGAGCGCAAGAUGGAGAAGAAGAAGCAGAAGGAGCAGGAGCAAGUUGUCGGGGUGGCAGCUAGCGGAGGGGACUUCAUGUCCGAUCUCUUCAAUAAGCUGGCAAUGCGCAGGAAAGGUAUCUCUGGGAAGGGGCCAGCUGGCGGGGACUCGAACGACGCCCCAGCCAGUUCUGGCAGCGCCUUCGCCAGGAUGUCCGACGUCAUCCCUCCCCUCCCCGCCCCCGGGGCAACGGCCGAGGACGAGGACGACUGGGAGGCGUAACCGUCAGAGAAUAGCCAAUCGGAGCUGAUGGAACUCGGAGCGCUGCUAGCUCGCCACCAAUCCCGGGGG